AUGGGUGCAAAGGAAUGUCCCGCCCGCUUUGCCAACGUCGCCGGCGGCGGCACCAGGAACACUGAUUGGUGGCCCAAGCAGCUGCGGCUGAACAUCCUCCGCCAACACCAGCCCGCCUCGAGCCCGUACAGCAAGGACUUCGACUACGCCGCGGCCUUCAAGUCGCUCGACUACGAAGCCUUGAAGAAGGACCUGAGGGCUCUCAUGACCGACUCGCAGGACUGGUGGCCUGCCGACUUUGGUCACUACGGCGGUCUCUUCAUCCGCAUGGCCUGGCACAGCGCCGGCACCUACCGCACAACUGACGGCCGCGGCGGUGGCGGACAGGGCCAGCAGCGGUUCGCCCCGCUCAACAGCUGGCCCGACAAUGUCAGUCUCGACAAGGCACGCCGUCUGCUCUGGCCCAUCAAACAGAAGUACGGCAACAAGAUCUCGUGGGCCGAUCUGAUGCUGCUGACGGGCAACGUCGCCCUCGAGUCAAUGGGGUUCAAGACUUUCGGCUUCGCCGGCGGCCGUGCCGACACGUGGGAGGCCGACGAGGCGACAUACUGGGGCGGCGAGAUGACGUGGCUCGGCAACGAGGUUCGGUACUCUGGCGGCAGCGAGGGUAUCGCAGGCGAGGGCAUCUUGGACGGCGACCAGUCCAAGAAGAAUCACUCGGAUAUCCACACGCGCGAUCUCGAAGAGCCGCUGGCCAACGCCCACAUGGGUCUCAUCUAUGUCAACCCCGAGGGGCCCGACGGCAUUCCCGACCCUGUCGCAGCAGCCAGGGAUAUCCGCACCACCUUCGGCCGCAUGGCCAUGAACGACGAGGAGACGGUGGCACUCAUCGCGGGCGGCCACACAUUUGGCAAGACGCACGGCGCUGCCCACUCGGACAACGUCGGCAAGGAGCCCGAGGCGGCAUCCCUGGAGCAGCAGGGUCUCGGCUGGGAUAACAAGUAUGGAACCGGCAAGGGACCCGACACCAUCACCAGCGGCCUCGAGGUCAUAUGGACCAAGACGCCAACCAAGUGGUCCAACCACUAUUUCGAGUACCUCUUCAAGUUCGACUGGGAGCUCACCAAGAGCCCAGCGGGCGCCAACCAGUGGGUGGCCAAAAACGCCGACGACUUCAUCCCCGACCCCUAUGACCCCACCAAGAAGCACCCACCACGCAUGCUCACCACCGAUUUGGCGCUGCGCUUCGACCCCGAGUACGAGAAGAUCUCGCGUCGCUUCUUGGAGCACCCGGACCAGUUUGCCGACGCUUUCGCGCGCGCAUGGUUCAAGCUGCUGCACCGCGACCUCGGCCCGCGCUCGCGCUGGCUCGGCCCGGAGAUUCCCUCAGAGAUACUGAUCUGGGAGGAUCCCAUCCCGCCGGUCGACCACCCAAUCAUCGAUGACAAGGACAUCGCCGCCCUUAAGAGCGAGAUCCUAGCCACCGGCGUUGCUCCUUCCAAGCUAAUCUCGACCGCAUGGGCGUCGGCCUCGACCUUCCGCGGCGGAGACAAGCGUGGCGGCGCCAACGGCGCUCGGAUCCGUCUUGCGCCGCAGAAGGACUGGGAGGUCAACAACCCGGCGCAGCUGGCCGAGGUGCUCUCGGCGCUCGAGGGCGUGCAGCAGAAGUUUAACUCGUCCGCUUCUGGCGGCAAGAAGGUGUCGCUGGCCGACCUGAUUGUGCUCGGCGGUGUUGCCGCGCUCGAGCAGGUUAUUGAUGGUGGUGUAUCCGUUCCCUUCGCGCCCGGCCGCGCCGACGCGUCGCAGGAGCAGACCGAUGUCCACUCAUUCUCGCACCUCGAGCCCAAGGUCGACGGAUUCCGCAGCUAUGGCAAGGGCACGUCACGAGUCUCGACCGAGCAGUUCCUGGUCGACCGCGCCCACCAACUGACGCUGACGCCGCCCGAGAUGACGGUGCUCGUGGCCGGCCUGCGCGUGCUCGGUGCUAACUGGAAUGGCUCCUCGGCCGGCGUCUUGACGUCGCGGCCUGGUAAGCUGACCAACGACUGGUUUGUGAACUUGCUGGACAUGGGCACGGCGUGGAAGUCGAUCGACGGCGAGGUGUAUGAGGGCCACGACCGGAAGACGGGCGAGCUGAAGUGGACGGCUACGCGCGCCGACCUCGUCUUUGGCUCGCACGCUGAGCUCCGUGCCAUUGCCGAGGUGUACGCCAGCGCGGACGGGCAGGAGAAGUUCGUCAAGGAUUUUGUUGCGGCGUGGAACAAGGUCAUGAAUCUCGAUCGGUUCGAUAUCGGGCAGUCGAGCCUGUCGGCCAAGUUGUAG